AUGUCUCCUCGACUUACCUCUCACUCUUCUUCCUCUUCUUUCUCCUCCUCCUCCUCCUCAUUAUCAUCGUCAUCAUCCUAUUACUCUCCUCCCUCACCAUCCUCCUCGUCCUCGUCCUCAUACAAGCCGCGCAAGGCUUCUCAGAAGCCAGACGGUUCUCGAAAGCCACACGGCUUCUCGAGCUGGGAGGAAGGCGACAUUGCCUUUCUGAAGCCGUGGAAUGAGAUCGAAAAUGACCUCCCACCCAAGGCAUUCUCCUCAUUCCACAAGGCCAUCGGGCACCAAAAGCGUGCCUGUAACCACCCUGUCAUCAUCCUCAAGGCAUCACCGGAUGGGUCACACUUCGCAGUGACCACCGUAUCCGCCUACAGUUCCAGCAGCGACAAUGAUUACCUCGCGCCCUGGAACCAACCUCACCACUUCAGAAAGGCAAAGAAGGACUUCCGAUCCUUCGACGGCUCAGAGAGAGCCAAUGGUCGACCAACCCUCCUACUAGAGGGAAAUAAAUUGAUGCCCAAGCCUGAGCUCAGCUGGGUAUACAUCCAAUCGAUUUUGGUCGUGGACAAGAAGGCACUCAAAGUCUUCACCAAGUCCCGCGACCAUCUUCGACUGACCCCACGGAGCCUGACAGACCUCUGGGCACACAUGGAGGCAGAGACGAGAGACUUCGACCGAGUAGCGCGGACACUUGCCACCGCCAUCAUGGCACCACAGUCUAUUGCCCAACCCCAUAGAAAGGGUCAGGAGCAAGCAACAGGGCGCAGUUCAAACCUUCCCGCGAAGGCAGUCCCCACACCUACUUCACCUCCGGUCCGUCCCUCAAACCCUCCCUCCUCAUGGGCCCAAGUGGUGGCAUCAAAAGCCAUGACGGGUGGCUCUCGGGCUGAUGCCAGCUCAUCCUCUGCUCCAUCGCUUUCCGGAGCACAAUCUUUGUGCCGAUCCGAAAGCAAGAGGUCGAAGCCACUUGGGUCCCAGAACGCGUUCCGUGUGUUGUCAUGCGCCUAA